CUGCACAUUUGUACUAUGCUUUCUGUUAACACACAGAUGGUCACUGUGAUGAGGAUCAGUCGAUGGGGAAUUUUUCUUGACCAUCAUAUUUACACUUGAUCAAUUUGAUAAGUAGAAUCUCCAAAAACUGGCUGGGAUUUCAAAGAUUAAUACGAUGAAUUAUGAAUGUGAUAAAUUUUAAAGCCUUUAAUCUUCUGCCUGUUCCUUUAUGUAAAACUUUUAAAUUCCAAACAGAGAUGACCACAAACUGGAUCAAUUCUUAUGAGUCUUUGUAUUAUUAAUAUUGUUAAUAAAACAGUAUUGGUUGUGCAAUGAUAUUAGGAUGAUAAAUUAUACAGAACUGUAUCUUUUACUCACUUUUUAAUGACAUCUGACAUUUAAGGAAUUUGUUUUCAUUUGUACAGAAUGAACCACAAACCAAACCUAAUACUGUAAUUAAAUAUUCACAAUUAAGAUUGAAGCAUGAAAGGUAAAAAAUAAAACAGGUAAAUUUAAUAAAUAAAUAUAUCUUUUCUGAAUAUACUAUAGCCAUUAUCUAAAAUGUGUUUGAAUAUUUGAUCAAAUAUGCCAAGAAAUAUUUACAGGUUAGGAAAGAUCAUUUUAAAUUUGUAAAAAAAAAAAUAAAAAAAAAGAGAGAGAGGACAGGAUUAAAUCAAAUCCUCAGUGCAAACCAAACUCUUUUCUAUCUUUUCCGCUCAACAUAAAUACCUCAGCUUGUCUCACUCUUAGAGCUUAACGCUCCUCUGCAAAACAAAGCAGCGCACUGACGCAAAAAGGCACGUUCAAGGAACACAUGUAAACACCGGCGCUUAAUGACAUCUCAUUGAAAUAGAAACAUUUCUGUUUUAUCACCUCAAGUUAAAAAUUAAAGGCCUGCUCUGAGGAUUUAAAAGUCACGUAUUUGGCUGAUAUAAUGUGGACAUUUCCUCUUUAGUAACCUAGAAGGUGUGUUGUGAGAAAAGCUGCUGGAGUUUUUCCACACCAACUUCCUGCUACAGGCUCUCAGCAGGCCUGGCUCUGCUGGAGCUCUCUUCCUAAUUUAAAGGAAUUCUUUCUUCCCUCUGUCCCCACAUGCUUUAUCAGUAGGACAAACUGUUGCAGUCAGUAACUUGAUACAAUCAGCUGGACUUUAACUCCCACCAAAUGCCAUUCAACCAAAUCAAAGCUCUGCGUUGUACAACUGGAUUGAUCUGGAUGUAUUUUAUAGUUGAAUUGAAAACUGAAUAGCACUAAUAGUGAAUUCUGCAAGUUGAUGCAGUCUGCAGGGUUUCCUACAUAGAAACUUCUUUAAAUCUUUGAAUAAUUAAUUGAGCAUUAUGUAAUUUAGUAUCAAUUGGUACUAAAUUGAUAAUUAGUAUAAAUAUGAAUUGAAGUGAAAUUAUUUUUUUUUUGUUUUGUCUUGGGAUCAUAUUUGUUGUGAAUUGGCGCUAUAGAAAUAGCGCCAAAUUCUAUAGCGCCAAUUCAAUUCUAGAAUUGAAUUGAAUUGUUUGGUAAAUCAGAUUGGAAUAGCUGAACGAAUUUGAAAACUUGCACAUAUAUGUGAUUGAAGAUUAAUAGGUUUUUUUUGUAAAGAGCCUUCAGAUCACAUUUGUUUGUUUAUUUCCUUAUUUAUUUAUUCCUGGCGCCAUGGAAAUAAACACAAUUUAAUCAAAUGAAUUAUUUUCUUAGUAAUUAUUAGAGCACGUGAUAGAUUAUAGACCUCUACAGAAAUAUUUUACUUACUUGUCCGAAGAGUUUGGGGAGACGCUUUGUGUGUGUGUGUGUGUGUGUGUGUGUGUGUGUUCCGAUCACAUGAACAUCUCCCAAUCGGAAUAUAAGUGCUUUGGUCUCCGCCCCCUCUCUGGCUGAAGCAUUCUCGGGAAUUAAACUGGAACCCCGCUGGUCACCGGUAUGUGAUUAAAAAGUCAACAUGAACAGAAACCUUACGGAAGCCUGUGGGAGACACUUAAAGACCAAUCUAGUCAGAUGAUGCUCAAAAUCAUAAAAGUACAAGUAAUAGAAAUAAUAUUGGAAUAUUUCAUGUAAUAAAAUUUAUAAUAAUUAACCUUCAGCUUCAGGAUGCUCUUAGUGACUCAUUUUAUUGUGUAAAAACCUAAAACCAAAUGGAAGAAAUUCAGCUGCUGUCUGUUCCUCUUUACUCUCUCAGCCUCCUUAUUGCAGCCUGUUGCUCAUCCUGCAGCAAUCAUCGAUCUGCAGGUGAAAUAUACACGUUUUACCUUAUUUAUAUGUUGAAUCAUUAUAAUCAUUAUCAUCAAAUGUGAUUAUGUUUCUCUUCAGUUUUUUUCUGCUCUCGUGUCGCGGUUCUUGUCCCCUCUUUGAUUUCUGCUCAUUAAAUCAGAGCAUCGCUGAACCAAUCAGAAGCCGUCCUGAAUCUUGGUGGACUGCAUCACGGCCUGGUCACCCAAUCAAAACAAAGACCCCCAGCUCCAUUCACACACGCGCACUCCCCACCCCACACUUCGGCUCUUCGUCUCCUCUCAAAGUUUGGUUCGCAGCUGAUGAAGAUGCUGAGCUGAUGAUCACUUUUGAUGGUCUCCUCCAGCCUGUCGGACAGACCAGAGCGGCUCCCGGACCUGAACUGGACCCGAACACAAACGGAACUUCGUCCUGCUUUCCUGGAGCAUUUGGGAUUUGGAUUCUGCCCGCUGACUGAGAUGGGCUUUGAGUCCAGAAAGAAAGUGAAGCUGUUUUAGUUGAAAUCUGGAGAUUGGCCCCCGCAGCCCCCGCAGCCCCAUCCCCAGUCCUCCCGGGCCUCCCUCCCUCAGAGGCGGUAAUGCUAGCGGUGGGUCAGAUGGACGGGUCCCGACAGAGCGCCUUCCUCCUCAGCACUCCACCUCUGGCAGCUCUGCACAGCAUGACCGAGAUGAAGACCCCCCUGUACCCGGCCUAUCCCCUCUCCACCUGUCCCAACUCCUCCACCUCUCCCGCCACCACAUCUCCCAACCCAGGCGGCAUGGCCGUGUCUUCCCCCGGGAUCAAGAGUUCCACCGGGCUGUCCUCGGGCCUCGGCUCCCCGCAGCAGUGCUCCUCUGCAACUCCGCACGGAAUUAACGACAUCCUCAACCGGCCGGUCGUCUCCUCAGCUGGCACCACGGCGGUCGUAGCUGCUGCAGCCGCCGCCGCCUCCUCAUCUGCUGGGAUUCUGUCAGGACUGCCCAGGUUCAGCAGCCUCAGCCCGCCGCCACCUCCCGGACUUUACUUCAGCCCCAGCGCGGCGGCUGUGGCCGUGGCCCGGUACCCGAAGCCGCUGGCAGAUCUCCCGGGAAGGACGCCGAUCUUUUGGCCAGGAGUUAUGCAAAGUCCGCACUGGAGAGACGCCAGGUUCGCUUGUUCACCCCAUCAGAACUCAGUGUUACUGGACAAAGAUGGGAAAAGGAAGCACACUCGGCCCACUUUCUCUGGGCAGCAGAUCUUUGCGCUGGAAAAGACUUUUGAACAAACCAAAUAUCUGGCGGGGCCAGAGAGAGCGCGGCUGGCCUACUCUCUGGGGAUGACCGAGAGCCAAGUGAAGGUGUGGUUCCAGAACAGAAGGACCAAGUGGAGGAAGAAGCACGCAGCGGAAAUGGCCUCCGCGAAGAAGAAGCAGGACUCGGAGACGGAGCGGCUCAAAGGAACGUCGGACAACGAGGAGGAGGACGACGACUACAACAAACCUCUGGACCCGAACUCGGACGAUGAAAAGAUCACACAGCUGCUGAAAAAACACAAACCGGGCUCUGCGCUGCUGAUGCACACAUCUGAAAACGACAGCUCUUAAUUCACUUCUAUUUCCUGUUCCGAGGAGGAUCUGGCGGGACGAACUCAUGGAUUCGGUUCACUUUGUGAAUGUUUCUCUGCGUGGCGAAAGAGGAUACACACUUCCGGUUCACAGAGAAGACUUUAGCUGUAAAUAGAAGCGUGAGUUGUAUGAAUAGAAAUUGCUAUUGAAUCAUUGCUGUGAAUAAUUUAUGUGUAGUUUUUUUUUCUUAUUUGUUUUGUACAGAAACGAUUCUCCCAGAUCAGCGGUAAACACGUUUUGUUUUGAUCUGACAGCAGAGGUAUUUUUCCUGUCUGUCCCUGAACGCCUCUUGAUCUGUCAGAUAAAACCGCAGCUGCACCUGAGGUCGCUAACACCCCCCCCCCCACACACACACCACACUGGUGAAGCUGUGGAAGCGGCCUGCAGCAGCUUCAUGUAAAGCACUUUUAUUUAAUAAAAACUCUAAAGUUGGCUCGUUGUUUCCAACCGAUGCAUUCAAUCAAAGCUGGAGUUUUAUAAAUUUGUCGCCAUUUUAACCUAUCACAGCCUGUUUAUUAUUUAUAUUAAUGUUGUUAUUAUCAGGGCCUUUUAAAUAUGUUUGAGAUUAAAUGAAAGGCUAUUUUAAAAAGUUUUUUAUUCUUAAAAAAUGCUUCCGAAUGGUGACCAUUCCUUCCUGAAGAGCAGAGUGAAUUGGGUUUUAUUCGGUGCGGGUCCACUGCCCUCUGGAGGCUCUGAUCAGGGCCUGAACACGGGCGAGGUCAAGCUGAGGUCCAGACCGGAAAACCGAGGCUCCUCAGCGGGCAGCAGGCUGUUCUCUGUCGGCUUCAAACUCAGCUGCUCCGCGGGUUUUUUUUAGGACACACUGCAUAGGACGCCUCCAUAACAUUUUUCUAAUAAAAUAUAUGUGUUAAACUAAAUAUACCUGGGAAUGCACUAUGUUUCACCUAGUUUGGUGUAUUAAAAUCAACACAUUCUCUCAUAUUAAUUGAAUUUUUGUGCUGUGCGAAAUUCUUAAUUGUAAUCAUGAAUUACGCUGAAUAUGUAUUUAAUUUAUUUAACUCUUAAAUAUAUUUGUGCAAAAA